AUGAAGGAGUUCGAGUUCUAUCUCGGCGCUGGAAGCAUUUGGGUCAUUCUCAGGUCUGUCAAGCUUGAUGCCAAGGACCUUGAGAUGAUCAGCUCCAAGUUGGAGGGCUGGAUCAAGGCUCUACGGCAAUUGCGGUCUGCCUGGCGCUUUGCGCGGCUCCAGGCGGUGCCGCAGGCUGCCGUGCCAGCGGGCCUUCUGAAGAUGGUGCGCCAGCUACGGGGCUUGGCGAGAGGGCGAUGUGUGGUGCUCACUGCUGACAACGUGCGCGAGUUGGUGGCAGAGCGCCUGAGUCGAGCAGAGCAGUUAAGUUCUGCACGGCUCCAUGUCUUUGAGGGGCAACAAUGCGCACGUGGAUGGCUACGGCAAGGAGACCUUCGCUUCGUGCUCGCUGAGGACUGGCAGGCCGUGGUGCAGAACUUGCCUUCCAACCUCAGAGACUGCCUUGAGAAAUUGGCAACAGAGAAGAUUGGCAGAAAGCCCUGGGAGCAUUCGCCGGAGUUCCAAGCCGGGGCCUUUCUCUUGCACCGCCUAGUCACGACGGAUGCUUUGGCGGGUGCGGCAGUGGACGAGGCGGUCAAGGCAAAGAGUCCUGGGCAGUUCCUGAGUUGGGUGCUGGCCAGGCAGAUUGGGCAAGUCACAUCAUCGUAA